AUGGAGAGCAUUCGUUUCAACACCAGAUUACUUUUGUGUUUAUGCAUUCUUUAUUCCACAUAUUCUUACAAUGUUACCGACGAGGACCUACUUUUCAAAGAUCUGUUUACAAACUACAAUAAAGAACUUCGUGCUGGAAAUGAUAGGGACUAUCCGUUGAACGUGUCUAUGUCUUUCUAUCUUUUUGCAAUAAAGGAAUUCGAUGAAGCUACCAGCAAAUUCACAGUUAAUGGUGUGUUUGUGACAACAUGGCGCGAUGAGAGAUUAUCCUGGGACCCUACUAACUAUAACAACAUAACAAGAACGCUUAUGUCUCAGGACAAGAUAUGGCUACCGAAUUUAGUGAGCACAAAUCCUUUCGAAGACAUAUAUGGUUUGGGAAGUAGUCUUGUUAAAAUAUAUCUGUAUUAUGAUGGAUCUUGUGUAUGGACAACCAUGCAGUCUUUUGAAGUCAUCUGUGACGCAGACGUGACAAAUUAUCCUUUUGAUAAGCAGUACUGCUCACUCAAUUUUGUUUCCUACGGUUACGGAGAAGAAUGGAUGAAGGUUACCUUUACAAGUUCUAAGAUUCUUCUAACACAAUAUCAAGAAAGUGGAUUAUGGGAUAUUGAAGACACGGCAACGUUUUCUCGAAUAGCCAAUGGCUUAACAGAAGUUGUGGUAGGACUGAAUUUAAAACGAAGGUCGGCUUACUAUAUAGCGGGCCUUGUUCUACCUAUGACCAUUGUGGCAAUAUUGCAAUCAUUUGUUUUUCUGCUCCCAAAUGAUUCAGGUGAGAGAGUGGGUUUUUCUGUGACAGUACUUCUGGCCAGCGUUGUUUUCCUGACAAUUAUUCAAGAAAAACUUCCCGAGUCCUCUGAACCAAACAUAUCUAUACUUGGGUUCCUCCUGUUUGGUUAUGUCUCUUUAGGAGUUCUCGUUACGUUGUGUGUAAUUCUCAGUUCCAACAUGCACAUGUAUGAAGAAUCGAAACCCGUACCAGCUUGGCUGAGAGUUCUCUUUUGCUUAAAAAGAAACAAAGUUGAUGAAGAUUUUUCAACCGGAAGUACAAUACGGGUCGCAUCUAAAGAAGAGUCAAGGGAUGAAGAGUCAAUAUCAAGCUCGUGGAAAGAUGUAGCAAAAGCUUUUGAUAGAUACUGCUUCAUCUCUUCCUUGUCUCUUUAUGCACUUCAGUUUGUUAUCUACUUUGCAAUAGUUUUAUAA